AUGGCGGACGGCUGCAAGCAGCGUGAUGUUGUGGCAGACCUUAAAAACGAGGUCCUGGUGUAUGAGCACCUGGCUGCGCUGCAGGGCAAGGUGAUCCCUGACCUGCUGGCCGGCGGCUUCUGGAGGGACGAGUACCUCUUCUUUUUGGCCACGGCCGUGGUGGAAGGCGAGCAGCCCAGCUCUGCCACAGCCGACGCGUACCCUGAGGCCGAGAAGGCUCUGCGCAAGAUACACGCGAUGGGCGUGGUGCACCGCGCCGUCCGCAGGAGAAACAUGUUGGUGGCAAGGAAGGGUCGCUCCUUCAAGGUGUGGUUCCUGGACUUUGAGACCAGCCGGAUCGCAGCAGCACCUGAGGAGUUCGAUCAGGACAUGGCAGACCUGCGCAGAGUCUUCCGCCGAUCUGACUAG